CUUAAUGACAUUUGUCAAGUCCACGAAAAUGAUGCCGGCGAUGGCGCAACUACAGUUUUGUGUAUUAUUUUUAGUAUAUGUGGCUACACAAUGCACUAGUACAAAUGUGGACACAGUGUCUAGUGGUAUUAAUAUAAAGAACGUUGACCGAACGAUCGAUAUUUCCUCUCAGCUCGUAAAAAUCACAUCAAAAGUAACCUUGGAAAACACAGGCAAGUCGCCGGUAAAAAACUUCCUAUUAGCAGUGGAAGGCACAGGUAAAGCGAAAUUAGCUUUUAUUGGGACAAAGGACGGCAAUAAUAAAGAUCUCCGCAAUGUGGAGACCGAUGUGAAAGGUAAUGACGAUGCAAAGUUUUGGCGUGUCGAUUUGAAAGAAAGCAUCAAUGCUGGUUCCACGGCCUCUGUAGUUGUCGAAACUGUGUACACCAAGGCACUACAACCGUACCCGACAUCAAUAACGCAACAAGAGGAGCAAUUGGUUAAAUACCUUGGAAACUUGUACUUCUAUUCGCCAUACCCUGUCUCAUCUCAGAAGACCAAUGUAAUACUGAACACUAAAGCGGUGGAAACCUUCACUAAAGUCAAACCGUUUUUGCAACUAGAUGGCUCAAUUUCAUACGGACCUUAUUCUAAUACGGCUGCUUUUACAGAGAAAGAAUUGGUAGUCCAUUAUAAGAACAACUCUCCAUUUUUAACUGUUACACGUUUAGAGAGAUUAAUUGAAGUUUCACACUGGGGUAAUAUAGCUAUAGAGGAAACUAUAGAAGUUGAACACACUGGUGCCAAGCUUAAAGGUCCAUUCUCGAGAUACGAUUACCAACAAGACCACCACAGUGGGCCAGCUAGUGUACGAUCUUAUAAAACCCUACUACCUGCAUCAGCUUCUGAUGUUUACUAUAGAGACACUAAUGGCAACAUCUCUACCUCAAACAUGAGGGUGAAGAAAGACUCAGUUGAAUUAGAUUUAAGACCAAGAUAUCCUUUAUUUGGAGGCUGGCGAUCACAUUACACGCUUGGAUACAAUGUGCCAAGUUAUGAGUACUUAUAUUAUUCUGGCAAUGAGUAUUUACUGAAGAUGCGAGCAGUUGAUCACGUUUUUGAUGAUAUGCAAAUUGAUGAAUUGAUCACAAAGGUUAUUCUUCCUGAAGGAACAACAAAUAUAAAGGCCAACUUCCCCUUCGCAGUUACAAGGCUUCCAGACAGUUUACACUAUACAUAUUUAGACACAAAAGGUCGUCCUGUAAUAACUUUCACUAAGACUAACAUUGUGGAGAAUCAUAUUCAAGAUUUCCAACUUCGCUACUCGUUCCCUCGUAUUUUGAUGUUACAGGAGCCUCUACUGGUUGUUGGUUUCCUUUAUACAUUAUUUUUGUGUGUUAUUAUUUAUGUGAGAUUAGAUUUCUCUAUCCAUAAGUCUGAACACCCUCAUAAGGAUUAAGACCUAUUCUAGAAUGGGUGAAUUUGCAUUAAUCCCUUUUUCACAAACUCAUAGCGUCAUCAACCUACUUGAUGCUAGUACAUGGAGUUUACAAAUAUCAAUGUAAUUGUCCAGAUAAGUAUUGAUUGCUCUAUCUGGACAAUUUUGUGUAGAAUUCGCCCUUCUGGUAAAAGCCUAAUUUUAAUAAUUUAGGUCUAGUUUGUAUGUGAUAUCUCAUCAAAACCUCACUGUAUAAUUGUUGUAUUUUCCAGUCAUCAAUUUGUAUACAAUAAUAAUGUGUAGUGAUUGCAUUUAUCAUUUUCAAAUAAAAUUGCACUUAUGUUGAGAAUAAAAUCAUCACUUAUAAAUUUUAA